GCUUAAGGGAAAAGUAUGAACCGUCAUCCUCCAUCGCCAGAGCUUAAGGAGCAACAAAAGCAUCUCGAUUUCUAUCCUGUAUUACCAGCUUCCAGCUUAUUAAGCAGCUCACGCAAGGGAUACAUCUGAGGAUGAGAUAUUGGCUUUCGGUGGCUUGGAUGCUGUGGUUUUUGUAAGGAUACUUGUGUUUAGGAAUCCUACAGACAGAAACUGGAUGAGACGCUGAAUUUGGGUUCUGAUGGGAAGCCAUUUAGGAUGUUAGUUUUCAGAGGAAGUUCUAAAUCAACUACAAAAUCUAUUCGUCACAUCGAUCAGGUGGGACAAGCAGACGCAGCCGCACUUCAAAACAGUAUCAAUCAGCCCCGCCCUCGUACAAUGCCUAAGAAAGAGGCCAAGGUCUUGGAUGCACCAAAUAUUAGAAAUGACUACUAUUCAAACACUAUGGAUUGGGGGAAAAACAACAUUCUUGCUGUUGCUUUGGGAUCAGAAAUGUACCUUUGGAACUCUGUGAACAACAAUGUACAUAGGUUGUUUGAAGCCACUCACAAUGAUUGUCCCACAAGUGUUGCCUGGUCACGGGAUGCCAAACUUUUCGCAGCAGGAUUUAUGCACUCUAAGCUUCAACUCUGGGAUGCUGAGACUUCUAAGCCAAUAAGAGUCCUAGAAAGUCAUGGUCAAAGGAUUGGAACCAUUGCAUGGAGUGGCGAUACUUUAACUUCUGGAAGCCAUGACAAAUCUAUAAUCAACCAUGAUGUUAGAGCAAGAAGAAAUGUUAUUUCACGGGUAAAAGCACACGGAGCAGAAGUUUGUGGCUUAAAAUGGUCCAAAGGGGGAAAUAUGCUGGCAAGUGGCGGCAAUGACAAUCAUAUCUACAUAUGGGAAUCAUCUAAAAUGAAUUCAUCGAGUUUCUUGCAUUGUUUUAAGGACCAUUCUGCUGCAGUCAAAGCCCUUGCUUGGUGCCCUUAUGAUUCAAAUGUGCUUGCUUCUGGAGGUGGCACAAAUGAUAGGUGUAUUAAGAUAUGGAAUAUUCAAAAAGAAACUUGCAUUCGCAGCAUAGAUACUACAGCUCAGAGCCCAGAUGGGUUAACAGUGGUGUCAGCUGGGGCAGAUGAAACAUUUCGCUUUUGGGAUAUUUUUGGGCCACCUGCUACUGAUACAUCAAAGAUCUCACAUCUGGAUAACCUUUUGUCCCUGAAGAUAUCCGCAUUAAGAUAACAUUUUCUUUUACGAGCUUGUUUGGUUGCGGACCAAAGAGCACUUGUUGGAGCUUAUUUAACUCAUUUUUUAGUAGCUCCAAUAAGUUCUCUUUAGUCCGUAUCUGAAAUCAAUCUAAACCUGAAAGUCUCAUUAUUGUUUCCCUACUGAUUUUCCCUACUGAUUUUUCCCUACUGAUUUUUCUAAUUGUCCCUACUGAUUUUUCUACUGAUUUUUCUAAUUGUCCUACUGCUGUAGUUUUCAGUUUUCAUGAUGUCUAAUAUCUAAAUCUUAUGUGAAGGUUGAUUUUGAAACACAAAUUGCUGCAAGAGACUCACAGCAUAACAUAGAUGAUGAAGAAUUAGAGGAUGAUUUGGAUGGCAUUUGAUUUAGAUGAAUAUAUGUAUUUGAUACUAUGUUUUUAAUUAUACUUGACAUUUUACCAUGACUAUGUAUGGAUUCACUACUAUGGUUAUGUAGGUUGAUGAACAUGAUCUUAAAUAUGAAACUUCAAAUCAAUAGUAUAUUUUGAAUUACUUCUA